AGUAACCAUGUGGAUGUGCUGCUGAGGCGUUUCCUCUAGCUAGCUGGGGUGGGAGGCGAGGAGGAGGUGGAGGUGGUGGAGGAGGAGGAGGCAGGGGGUGGAGAGAGAAAGCGCACGCCGAGAGGAGGUGUGGGUGUUCCGCUUCCAUCCUAACGGAACGAGCUCCCUCUUCGCGGACAUGGGACUACCCAGAGGCUGCUAACCCCUCUCCUCGCCCUGCUCUCCCAAGCCGGCGUGGCUCCCCGGGCACCAAGGAGCUGACCACAGAGGAACAAUAUUCGCACCCCUGGCUGGGAGAGUUUUGGCAACAGCGUGCCUGACCUGGGUCAGGAUUCUCCAGAAAGACAUGUCUGACAAGAUGUCUAGUUUCCUACAUAUUGGAGACAUUUGUUCUCUGUACGCGGAGGGAUCGACAAAUGGAUUUAUUAGCACCUUGGGCCUGGUAGAUGAUCGCUGUGUUGUACAGCCAGAAGCCGGGGACCUUAACAAUCCACCUAAGAAAUUCAGAGACUGCCUCUUCAAGCUAUGUCCCAUGAAUCGCUACUCAGCCCAGAAGCAGUUUUGGAAAGCUGCAAAGCCAGGGGCCAACAGCACAACAGAUGCAGUGCUGCUCAACAAGCUACACCACGCUGCAGACUUGGAAAAGAAGCAGAAUGAGACAGAAAACAGGAAAUUGCUGGGGACUGUCAUUCAGUAUGGCAAUGUGAUCCAGCUCCUGCAUUUGAAAAGUAAUAAAUACCUAACUGUGAACAAGAGGCUUCCAGCGCUGCUGGAGAAGAAUGCCAUGAGAGUGACGUUGGACGAGGCUGGAAAUGAAGGGUCCUGGUUUUAUAUUCAGCCAUUCUACAAGCUGCGAUCCAUUGGAGACAGCGUGGUGAUAGGCGACAAGGUUGUUCUGAACCCCGUCAAUGCUGGCCAGCCCCUACAUGCCAGCAGCCACCAGCUGGUGGAUAACCCGGGCUGCAAUGAGGUCAAUUCCGUCAACUGCAAUACAAGCUGGAAAAUAGUCCUUUUCAUGAAAUGGAGUGAUAACAAAGAUGAUAUAUUAAAGGGGGGUGACGUGGUGAGGUUGUUCCAUGCCGAGCAGGAGAAGUUUCUCACCUGUGACGAGCACAGGAAGAAGCAGCAUGUCUUCCUGAGGACUACAGGCCGUCAGUCAGCCACAUCUGCCACCAGUUCCAAAGCCCUGUGGGAGGUGGAGGUUGUUCAGCAUGACCCUUGUCGGGGUGGAGCGGGGUAUUGGAACAGUCUCUUCCGUUUCAAGCAUCUGGCUACAGGACAUUACUUAGCAGCAGAGGUGGACCCUGAUCAGGAUGCAUCUCGAAGUAGGUUGCGGAAUGCCCAAGAAAAGAUGGUGUACUGCCUGGUCUCCGUGCCCGAAGGGAAUGACAUCUCCUCUAUUUUUGAGCUCGACCCCACCACACUACGUGGAGGUGAUAGCCUUGUCCCAAGGAACUCCUAUGUCCGUCUCAGACACCUAUGUACCAAUACCUGGGUUCACAGCACAAAUAUCCCCAUUGACAAGGAAGAAGAAAAACCUGUGAUGCUGAAAAUUGGCACCUCUCCUGUGAAGGAGGAUAAGGAAGCAUUUGCCAUAGUUCCAGUUUCUCCUGCUGAGGUUCGGGACCUAGAUUUUGCCAAUGAUGCCAGCAAGGUGCUAGGCUCUAUAGCUGGGAAGCUGGAGAAGGGCACCAUCACCCAGAAUGAAAGAAGGUCUGUAACCAAGCUGCUGGAAGACUUGGUUUACUUUGUCACUGGUGGAGCUAACUCUGGUCAAGAUGUGCUGGAAGUGGUUUUCUCCAAGCCCAACAGAGAGCGGCAAAAGCUGAUGAGAGAACAGAAUAUUCUCAAGCAGAUCUUCAAGUUGCUACAGGCUCCAUUCACAGACUGUGGAGAUGGCCCGAUGCUUCGACUAGAGGAGCUUGGGGACCAGAGGCACGCUCCUUUCCGCCAUAUUUGCCGGCUCUGUUACAGGGUCCUGAGACACUCACAGCAGGACUACAGGAAGAACCAGGAAUAUAUAGCCAAGCAGUUUGGCUUCAUGCAGAAACAGAUUGGCUAUGAUGUGUUGGCAGAAGACACCAUCACGGCCCUGCUCCACAAUAAUCGAAAACUCCUGGAAAAACACAUCACUGCGGCGGAGAUUGACACGUUUGUCAGUCUGGUGCGGAAGAACAGAGAGCCCAGAUUCUUAGAUUACCUCUCUGACCUCUGUGUCUCAAUGAACAAGUCGAUUCCGGUGACCCAGGAACUUAUAUGUAAAGCUGUGCUGAAUCCAACCAAUGCCGACAUCCUGAUAGAGACCAAGUUGGUUCUGUCUCGUUUUGAAUUUGAAGGUGUUUCUACUGGAGAGAAUGCUCUGGAGGCGGGAGAGGAUGAGGAGGAAGUGUGGCUGUUUUGGAGGGACAGCAACAAAGAGAUUCGCAGUAAGAGUGUCAGGGAACUGGCGCAGGACGCUAAAGAAGGGCAGAAGGAAGACCGAGAUGUUCUCAGCUACUACAGGUAUCAGCUGAACCUCUUUGCCAGGAUGUGUCUGGACCGCCAGUACCUGGCCAUCAACGAAAUAUCGGGCCAGCUGGAUGUGGAUCUCAUUCUCCGCUGCAUGUCUGACGAGAACCUGCCCUAUGACUUACGGGCGUCCUUCUGCCGACUCAUGCUUCAUAUGCAUGUGGACCGAGAUCCCCAGGAACAAGUCACUCCCGUGAAAUAUGCCCGCCUCUGGUCGGAGAUUCCCUCCGAGAUUGCCAUUGAUGACUAUGAUAGCAGUGGGACUUCCAAAGAUGAAAUCAAGGAGAGGUUCGCGCAGACCAUGGAAUUUGUGGAGGAAUAUUUAAGAGACGUGGUUUGCCAGAGGUUUCCUUUCUCUGAUAAGGAGAAAAAUAAGCUCACAUUUGAGGUUGUAAAUUUAGCUAGGAAUCUGAUAUACUUUGGUUUCUACAACUUCUCUGACCUUCUACGAUUAACCAAGAUCCUGCUGGCCAUAUUAGACUGUGUACAUGUGACGACCAUCUUCCCCAUUAGCAAGAUGGCUAAAGGAGAAGAGAGUAAAGGCAGUAAUGUGAUGAGGUCCAUCCAUGGGGUUGGAGAGCUGAUGACCCAGGUGGUGCUUCGGGGAGGAGGCUUCUUGCCCAUGGCACCCAUGGCUGCCGCCCCUGAAGGCAAUGUGAAGCAGGCAGAGCCAGAGAAGGAAGACAUCAUGGUCAUGGACACCAAGCUGAAGAUCAUUGAAAUACUCCAGUUUAUUUUGAAUGUGAGGUUGGAUUAUAGGAUCUCCUGCCUCCUGUGUAUAUUUAAGCGGGAGUUUGAUGAAAGCAAUUCCCAGACCUCAGAAACAUCCUCUGGAAGCAGCAGCCAAGAGGGGCCAAGUAAUGUACCAGGUGCUCUCGACUUUGAACACAUUGAAGAGCAAGCAGAAGGCAUCUUUGGAGGAAGUGAGGAGAACACCCCCUUGGACUUGGACGAUCACGGCGGCAGGACCUUCCUCCGAGUCUUGCUGCAUUUGACGAUGCACGACUACCCGCCCCUGGUGUCAGGGGCCCUGCAGCUGCUCUUCCGGCACUUCAGCCAGAGGCAGGAGGUGCUCCAGGCUUUCAAGCAGGUUCAACUGCUUGUUACCAGCCAAGAUGUGGACAAUUACAAACAGAUCAAACAAGACCUGGAUCAGCUGAGGUCCAUUGUGGAAAAGUCAGAGCUCUGGGUGUACAAAGGGCAGGGCCCUGACGAGGUGAUGAAUGGCGCAUCUGGUGGAAACGAACAUAAGAAAACAGAGCAGGGGAAUAACAAGUCUCAAAAGCAUGAAAGUACGAGCAGCUACAACUACCGGGUGGUAAAAGAGAUUUUGAUUCGACUUAGCAAACUCUGUGUCCAAGAGAGUGCCUCGGUCAGAAAGAGCAGGAAGCAGCAGCAGCGGCUGCUCCGAAACAUGGGCGCCCACGCUGUGGUGCUGGAGCUGCUGCAGAUCCCGUACGAGAAGGCUGAAGACACCAAGAUGCAGGAGAUAAUGAGGCUGGCUCAUGAAUUCUUGCAGAAUUUCUGCGCAGGCAACCAGCAGAAUCAAGCUCUGCUACACAAACACAUAAACCUGUUUCUCAACCCAGGGAUCCUGGAGGCGGUAACGAUGCAGCACAUUUUCAUGAACAAUUUCCAGCUUUGCAGUGAGAUCAACGAGAGAGUCGUUCAACACUUCGUUCACUGCAUUGAGACCCAUGGUCGAAACGUCCAAUACAUCAAGUUCUUGCAGACUAUUGUCAAGGCAGAAGGGAAAUUCAUUAAAAAGUGCCAAGACAUGGUCAUGGCUGAGCUGGUCAACUCAGGAGAGGAUGUCCUUGUGUUCUACAAUGACAGAGCCUCUUUCCAGACUCUGAUCCAGAUGAUGAGGUCAGAACGGGACCGCAUGGAUGAAAACAGCCCUCUCAUGUACCACAUCCACUUGGUGGAGCUCCUGGCCGUGUGCACAGAGGGCAAGAACGUGUACACUGAGAUCAAGUGCAACUCCCUGCUGCCGCUGGAUGACAUUGUCCGUGUGGUGACCCAUGAGGACUGCAUCCCGGAGGUUAAAAUUGCGUACAUAAACUUCCUGAACCACUGCUACGUGGACACUGAGGUGGAAAUGAAGGAGAUUUACACCAGCAAUCACAUGUGGAAGUUGUUCGAGAAUUUCCUUGUGGACAUCUGCAGGGCCUGUAACAACACAAGUGACAGGAAGCACGCGGACUCCAUUUUGGAGAAGUAUGUGACCGAAAUUGUCAUGAGUAUCGUUACUACCUUUUUCAGUUCUCCCUUCUCAGAUCAGAGUACAACUUUGCAGACUCGUCAGCCGGUCUUUGUGCAACUGCUGCAAGGCGUGUUCAGGGUUUACCACUGCAACUGGCUGAUGCCAAGCCAGAAAGCCUCCGUGGAGAGCUGUAUCCGGGUACUCUCGGAUGUAGCUAAGAGCCGGGCCAUUGCCAUCCCUGUGGACUUGGACAGCCAAGUCAACAACCUCUUUCUGAAGUCCCACAACAUUGUGCAGAAAACAGCCAUGAACUGGCGGCUGUCAGUCCGCAAUGCUGCUCGCAGAGACUCUGUCCUGGCUGCUUCCAGAGACUACCGAAACAUCAUUGAGCGAUUGCAGGAUAUCGUCUCUGCGCUGGAGGACCGGCUCAGGCCCCUCGUGCAAGCUGAGCUGUCUGUGCUUGUGGAUGUUCUCCAUCGACCUGAGCUGCUGUUCCCAGAGAACACAGACGCCCGAAGAAAAUGUGAAAGUGGGGGCUUCAUUUGCAAGUUAAUAAAGCACACUAAACAGCUACUAGAAGAGAAUGAGGAGAAACUUUGCAUUAAGGUGCUGCAGACCCUCAGAGAAAUGAUGACCAAAGAUAGAGGCUAUGGAGAAAAGCUGCCACAAGCUCCGGAAGCGGAGAACUCCACAGAGGAGCUUGAACCAAGUCCACCACUGAGGCAACUGGAAGACCAUAAAAGGGGUGAGGCGCUCAGGCAAAUUUUGGUCAACCGUUACUAUGGAAACGUCAGACCUUCUGGAAGAAGAGAGAGCCUUACCAGCUUUGGCAAUGGCCCGCUGUCACCAGGAGGACCCAGCAAACCUGGGGGAGGAGGGGGAGGAUCCGGGUCUGGCUCCGUGAGCAGGGGUGAAAUGAGCCUGGCCGAGGUUCAGUGCCACCUCGACAAGGAGGGGGCCUCCAAUCUGGUCAUCGACCUCAUAAUGAAUGCAUCCAGUGACCGAGUGUUUCAUGAAAGCAUUCUCCUGGCCAUUGCCCUCCUGGAAGGAGGCAACACCACCAUACAGGUAGGAAGGCAGCGUGCUGGCUUGGCAUCUCUGCCGAGUGGGAAGAGAAUCUGUUCUGGGCGCCAGAUACCUGGGUGGUGCCGAGACUCUUCUACAAGAGAGCGCUCAUCCCGAGAGCAUGAGAUUACCCAGGAUUCUACUGCUCCGAAAAAUGAAUUCUCCAAAGAGCCCUCCACGCAAAUAACCGAGGAGGUGCGUGAUCAGCUCCUGGAGGCCUCUGCUGCCACCAGGAAAGCCUUCACCACUUUCCGGAGGGAGGCCGACCCCGAUGACCACUACCAGUCAGGGGAGGGCACCCAGGCCACCACAGACAAGACUAAGGACGACCUGGAGAUGAGCGCUGUCAUCACCAUCAUGCAGCCCAUCCUCCGCUUCCUGCAGCUCCUGUGCGAAAACCAUAACCGAGACCUGCAGAACUUCCUUCGUUGCCAAAAUAACAAGACCAACUAUAACUUGGUAUGUGAGACCCUGCAGUUUCUGGACUGUAUUUGUGGAAGCACAACUGGAGGCCUUGGUCUUCUCGGACUGUAUAUAAAUGAAAAGAAUGUAGCACUGAUCAAUCAAACCCUGGAGAGUCUGACCGAGUACUGCCAAGGACCUUGCCAUGAGAACCAGAACUGCAUAGCCACCCAUGAAUCCAACGGCAUUGACAUCAUCACUGCCCUGAUCCUCAAUGACAUCAAUCCUUUGGGAAAGAAGAGGAUGGACCUCGUAUUAGAACUGAAGAACAAUGCUUCCAAGUUGCUCCUGGCCAUCAUGGAGAGUAGGCACGACAGUGAGAAUGCAGAAAGGAUCCUCUAUAACAUGAGGCCAAAGGAACUGGUGGAAGUGAUUAAGAAGGCCUACAUGCAGGGUGAAGUGGAAUUUGAGGAUGGAGAAAACGGCGAGGAUGGAGCUGCCUCCCCUCGGAACGUGGGGCACAACAUCUACAUAUUAGCUCAUCAGCUGGCUCGGCAUAACAAAGAACUCCAGACCAUGCUGAAGCCUGGCGGUCAAGUGGACGGAGACGAAGCUCUGGAAUUUUAUGCUAAGCACACGGCACAGAUAGAGAUUGUCCGAUUAGACAGAACAAUGGAGCAGAUCGUCUUCCCAGUACCCAGCAUAUGUGAAUUCCUAACCAAAGAGUCCAAGCUACGAAUAUACUACACUACAGAGAGGGACGAGCAGGGCAGCAAAAUCAAUGAUUUCUUCCUGCGGUCUGAAGACCUCUUCAACGAAAUGAAUUGGCAAAAGAAACUGAGAGCCCAGCCAGUUCUGUAUUGGUGUGCCCGCAACAUGUCCUUCUGGAGCAGCAUUUCCUUUAACCUGGCCGUCCUGAUGAAUUUGCUGGUGGCGUUUUUCUACCCAUUUAAAGGAGUCCGAGGAGGGACUCUGGAGCCACACUUGUCAGGCCUGCUGUGGACAGCCAUGCUUAUCUCCUUGGCCAUCGUGAUUGCUCUCCCCAAGCCCCACGGCAUCCGGGCAUUAAUUGCUUCCACAAUCCUCCGGUUGAUAUUUUCAGUUGGGUUACAACCCACAUUGUUUCUUCUGGGAGCUUUCAAUGUCUGCAAUAAAAUCAUUUUUCUGAUGAGCUUUGUGGGCAACUGUGGAACAUUCACCAGAGGCUACCGAGCCAUGGUCCUUGAUGUUGAGUUCCUUUAUCACUUGUUGUAUCUGCUGAUCUGCGCCAUGGGACUCUUUGUCCAUGAAUUCUUCUACAGUUUGCUGCUUUUUGAUUUAGUGUACAGAGAAGAGACUCUGCUUAAUGUCAUUAAAAGUGUCACUCGCAACGGACGGUCCAUUAUCCUGACAGCAGUUCUGGCUCUGAUCCUGGUUUACCUGUUCUCCAUAGUGGGCUACCUUUUCUUCAAGGAUGAUUUUAUCCUGGAAGUAGAUAGGUUGCCCAAUGAAACGGCUCUCCCAGAAGCCGGUGAGAGUUUGGCAAGCGAGUUCCUGUACUCGGAUGUGUGCAGGGUGGAAUCUGGAGAGAAUUGUUCCUCUCCUUCACUCAAAGAAGAGCUGGUCCCUGCGGAAGAACUGGAGCAAGAUAAGGAGCAUACAUGUGAGACGCUGCUGAUGUGCAUUGUUACUGUACUGAGUCACGGGCUGCGAAGCGGGGGCGGAGUAGGAGAUGUGCUCAGGAAGCCUUCCAAAGAGGAGCCCCUCUUUGCGGCUAGAGUGAUUUAUGACCUCUUGUUCUUCUUCAUGGUCAUCAUUAUCGUCCUGAAUCUGAUUUUUGGGGUCAUCAUUGACACCUUUGCAGACCUGAGGAGUGAGAAGCAGAAGAAGGAAGAAAUCUUAAAGACCACGUGCUUUAUCUGUGGCUUGGAAAGAGACAAAUUUGACAACAAGACUGUCACUUUCGAAGAGCACAUCAAGGAAGAACACAACAUGUGGCACUAUCUGUGCUUCAUCGUCCUGGUGAAAGUCAAGGACUCCACAGAAUACACGGGGCCCGAGAGUUAUGUGGCGGAAAUGAUCAAGGAACGAAACCUUGAUUGGUUCCCUAGGAUGAGAGCCAUGUCCUUGGUCAGCAGUGAUUCUGACGGAGAACAGAAUGAGCUGCGGAACCUGCAGGAGAAGCUGGAGUCCACCAUGAAGCUGGUCACUAAUCUUUCUGGCCAGCUGUCAGAAUUAAAGGAUCAGAUGACAGAACAAAGGAAGCAGAAACAAAGAAUCGGUCUUCUAGGACAUCCUCCUCACAUGAAUGUCAACCCGCAGCAACCAGCAUAAGUCAAUGAAGUAAAGCAGUUGUAUUUACCUUUUUUAAUUAUUAUUAGUGUGGGUAUGGCUAAUUAGUUCUGACUCACCCACUAAGGCUACAUUGAUGCUUAGUACAUUUGUAAAUACUCAGUUUUAUACUGUAUGUAUAUGAUUGCUACUCUAAAGGUUUGGAUAUACGUAUUGUAAUUAGAAUUGUCGGCACGAUGAGAUUUCAUUCCUGCCACAAAUAUUAAAAAUGCCUUUUUUGGAAGGACUAAAGAAAGCACCUGAUUUGCACUUGAACCAGAUUAUAGAUUUAAAAAGUAUAUGACAUGUAUUUUGUAUUUAAAACUAGAAUAGCCAGUAUUUGUUUUUUAUAAAACUGUGCAGUACGAAUUAUGCAAUCACAAUAAAUUUGUAACUCCUGAGGGUCCUAGAGGGAGUGCACACCUUUGAAGCUGGUGUGUUAAUACUGUGUAAUAAAUGGUCAAAUAGCAAAUAAUGCUGCUGCCAAGACUAUAUUCAUAGCGAGUUUCAGGCCCCUGGGCCGUUUGUACCAUGUAGUAAUUAUCCUGUGGUGAUGCUGUGUCCUGUUGCUAGUGGCAUUAGUGCCUCUGUCCCAGUGAUAAUGCUCCAAGUCUAUGAACUGUUCAGUCAGCAUUCAUUUUAAGAAAAGCAACUUUAGUUUCAAAGAGACUUUUAAGCUUCUAAAUUGAUCAUUUAAACUAAUUAUUUCUUUAAAUAAGCGAGCCAAAUUAGAGGCUCAGACUUUAGCUCGGGAAGAAGUUAAUGAAUUUUUUUAAAGGGAUCUUUUUAUGCAAAGUUGGGGAUAAAUGUCAUACCGCUGGCCAAUCAGUGUCAUCUCCCGGGUGAAUUUUGGCAUCAUGUUAUAAAGAAAUGAAUAGUCGAUGGUUUCUAGAUUAAUCCAAACAGUAGAGUUUUUUUUCCUUCAUCAGAACCAACAUGCUACCUUCGCUAAGAAGUAUUAAAACUAUAUACGUCCAUAUAAAGAUGACAUAUCCCAUUAGAAUUCACAGUUGAACACUGACAUGUUAUUCUUGUGAAAGAGCCACGUUUUGGUUUUAUUUCUUUGUCACAUGAUUUCUUGAUGGAUGAAAAGUGUGAGAGGAAACUUUUCUGUUGCCUAGUUUUGUACAUGGAUCUCAUUUUACAAGAGAAUUUCUCUGCAGAAAAAAAAGUUUACAAAUGUACUGAAAGCAGAGUUCUGAAAUGCGUACUUAAAGUUUGUAAAUGCAUACAUACAAAUAAAUAUUUAAUAAAUGAUGCAGAAUAAUAUACAGUGAUGGACUGCGGGUUUUUUGUUUAGCUAUUUCUUUGUGUCUUAACAGCUAUUCCAAUUACAUAUUUUCUUUAGGACCAAUUUAAAAUACAACUGGUUUGGUUACCAGAUUAAUUCAGAAGAUGCUUACCUGAUUAUAAAAAAGGAGCCCU